AUGUCAGCAGCAAAGCGCCCUGCAUCGAACUCCUUUGGGUCAUCCCAAAUGGUAGUGAAAAGGCAGAAGUCCAAUACAGACAUCAAUGGCAAAGCCGUGGCAGUCACGAAUGGUGGCUCUGGAUCUGGGGCCCUCAUCCAAGCUGUGCCACGCACAAGCGGACUACAGGCCCCCAUAAUGGAGCUCACCGGCCACUUCGGCGAAGUCUUCGCCGUCCGCUUCGAUCCCUCCGGUCAAUACAUAGCUUCCGGCUCCAUGGACCGGUCCAUAAUGCUCUGGCGCACCUAUGGCUCCUGCGAAAACUAUGGCAUUCUAAACGGCCACAAAGGCGCCGUUCUCGACUUGCACUGGUCCCGCUCCUCCAGUAACGUUUUCUCCGCCUCUGCAGACACGACGCUCGCGUCUUGGGAUCUGGAGACAGGGUUGCGAAUACGGCGGCAUGAGGGGCAUGAGGAGAUUGUCAAUUGUCUUACCGCCUCGCCGAGAGGGGAAGAGAUACUUAUCUCGGGCUCCGAUGAUGGUUGUGUGGGGAUCUGGGAUCCCAGGGUGAAAAGAGCCGUGGAUUUUAUCGAAACGGAUUUCCCCAUCACUAGCGUCGCAGUCGCAGAAGCAGGAAAUGAAAUCUACACCGGCGGCAUCGACUGCGAUAUCCUCGCCUACGACAUCCGAAAAAAAGCAGUCGCAUACCGCAUGCCUGGUCAUACCGACACCGUCACUUCCCUCUCCAUCUCUCCGGAUUCACAGUCUUUGCUGAGCUAUUCCCAUGACGGUUUAGCAAGGACGUGGGAUGUCAGACCUUUCGCGCCUGUCGACCGAAGCUUGAAGUCCUUCGCAGGGGCGCCAGUCGGUGUGGAGAGGAAUCUUGUGAGGGCGUGCUGGGAUGGGAAGGGAGACAGGGUGGGGGUGGGCAGCGGUGAUGGUACUGUCUGUGUUUGGGAAGCGAGGACAAGUAAGCUGGUCUAUAAGUUGCCGGGGCACAGGGGCACGGUCAAUGACGUGCGUUUUGCGCCUGGGGAUGAGCCGAUUAUUGUGAGCGGCUCGUCAGAUCGAAAUUUAAUACUCGGAGAAUUGGGGAGCUAG